AUGGCGGUGGCGGCAGGCUUGUUGGGCCGGGCCGUGGGCCUGGGCUUGGUCACAGCCACGGCCACGGGCGGGCGGCGGCUCCUCCGGUGUGGGACCGGAGCGGGGCUGCGCGAGCGGGGGACGGGGGCCCUCCUCGGCGGUGCCGUUGUGUGCAAAGCCGGUGGCGCGGCGGAUCAGCGCCUUUCUCGGGGGAUCAGCUCGGAUCAGCGCCCAAAGCGGCCCCUCACCGCCUAUCUUCGUUUUGUGAUGGACAACCGUCCGGCUUUUAGGGAAAAAAACCCAGAAGCGAGCAACCUGGAACUGAUUAAAAAAAUAGCAGGUGCAUGGAAGGAGUUGCCAGCUUCACAGAAGCAGGUUUAUGAGGAAGCAAGAAAGACAGACUGGAAAAGAUACGGAGAGCAGAUGGCCGCUUAUAAAGCCCAACUGACUUCAGCCCAGGCUGCAGCUUUGAAAGAGGAAAGAAGAAAACAAUUGGAAAAGAGAAAAUCGAUGAGGGCAAAAAGAGAAUUGAAUCUGCUUGGGAAACCUAAGAGAGCUCGUAGUGGCUUUAACAUUUUCCUGUCAGAAAAUUUUCAAGAAAGUGAGGGAGCUUCACCUGUGGCAAAGCUGAAGAAACUAUUUGAUACAUGGCAGAAACUGUCUACUUCCCAAAAGCAGCCAUACUUGCAGCUUGCUGAAGAUGAUAAGGUUCGGUAUGAGAAUGAAAUGAAAUCAUGGGAAGCAAAAAUGAUUGAACUGGGACGUGAAGACCUGGUGCGUUCCAAAAAGCAAAGGCUAAAAAAGAAACCUGCUGAAACUGCAAAGCAAGCUGAAACAAAAAAAAAAUCUUCCUCAGGUGGAAACAAGGCAAAAUUAAAAAAAUCUGAAGAAUAAAAAAAUCCCCUUUAGUUGUCCUAUUUCUGUCCUGCUGUGUUAAUGCUGCAGUCAGCAUUAGCACUGAAAUCUGGAAAACCCAUGAACGGCCCUUUGGAAAGGUGAUCAGGUAAGAGAGGCGUUACUGUCUCUCAGAACUGACUGAAAUAAUCACUGUGGAUAUAGCCUGACCGGUAAAACAGCAAUCAAUCAAUAAAGCUGUGAAUACUGAUACCCACUGACAUCAGCAGAGCUCUCCAGUAAUGGUACAUAAUAUCCAGCUUUUAUAAGUUGUUUUUUUUAAAUGAAAAAAAUAAAAGAGAUUCUUUCCUUAUGAAAGAAUAUUCUGUACAGUUACCAUCUAAAUUCUGUAAAUGAGCUGAAAUCUGAGUUAACACUGCUGUGUUUUAUUCCCUCCUUGUUAUUGCUAGUGAGAUGUUCUACAUUUCAACCAUAGGCACAAGAAAUGUAAAAUGCUAGCUUUUAUUUUAUGCAUUUGUCGUUGUAUCUGUUAAUCUGUGUAUGCCAUUUAUAUUGCAUUUAAAAACCAUAUGAGUUUUGUAUGAACAUACCUUUAUUGGGCUUUUAUUUCCUGGUUUUGUUUGGAUCCAUACAAAUGUUUUUGUCUUGCUGUUGUCACAUUGGGAUGGCCUAGAAGAAAAAAUGAAAAUGUGAACCGUUUGGACUUUUGAGUUUUGGUGUAAUAAAUACACAUAUUUUAGA